UGAAAUUUGUUAUUUAUUAAAAAAGUGCAGUUGUUAUUCUUAGCCCAACAACAAACACCGACUUACUUUCCCUGAAAAGAAAAAAAUAAAUCAUCCUUUCAAAUCAACUCGUUCAAUUUUCGUGGCAGUUAGGGUUUCUCCAUCUUGUUCCUUUACAGUUUUGAAAGUUUAUAGCUGAGGGAAGAUGCAAAGAGGGAGAGGAGGCAGGGGUCCUUUCUUUGAUUUUGGUGAUCCCUUUGCCAAUUUUGGAGGUUUUGAUCGCUUUGGGGGUCCCAGGAGUUUAAUCUCUAGUUUCUUUGGCGGAAGGGACCCAUUUGAUGACCCCUUCUUCACAAGACCUUUUGGUGGUAUGCUUGAGUCGAACUUCUUUGGCCAUACCGGAAGUCCUUUGAUAAAUAUGCAACCAUCUGCCUUUAUUGAGCAUCAAGCUCCAGAGCCCAAAAGGUCAAGGGGGCUAGUUAUAGAAGAACUUAACUCUGAUGAAGAAGAAGCAGUUAAAGAGAACAAAGAAAAUCCUAGGAAGCAUGGAAGGUCUAGUAAGGAGCCUUUUGUUGAGGAUCCAGAUGAUGUAGUUGAAGGAAGAAAGAACAAGCAUUUGCAAUACAGCAAUGAUUAUAGUCUAUGUAACGGUGUGCAGCUGCCGCCCCAAGCUCAUAGCUUCACCUUUUCAAGCUCUAAUGUAACUUACGGUGGUGCCAAUGGAGCUUACUAUACUUCCUCUAAGACAAGGAGGACGGGAAGUGAUGGUGUAACAUUUGAAGAAAGCAAAGAAGCUGAUACUACUACCAGGCAAGCAACUCACAAGAUUUCAAGGGGACUUAACAAGAAGGGUCAUUCUGUUACAAGAAAGCUUAAUUCUGAUGGUAAGGUGGAUACACUCCAGGCUUUGCGCAACCUGAAAGAAGAUGAACUUGCUGAUUUCGAGGAAGCCUGGGAUGGAAAUGCAAGAAAAUACUUACCUGGAUGGACCGGUAGUUUCAGUGGUCAUAAUAAAAUGGGAGGAAGUAGCAGCGGACAGAAUGAGCAGGCAAGUCGGGGAGGUUGGUCACUUCCUUCUACGGAGCAAUCACAGAACUUAGGGAGAGUGGUAGCCGACAGAUCUGGAUCACCACGCACACAGCAUUUGAUGAUGAAAAAUUCAUCAGAUGUCAGAGAAAGGAUGGGAUUUCCACGAGGAAGAUCGAGGAACUAAGCUGGGAAGCAAGAAAGGAUGUGUUGGAUAGGCUGGAUCUCUCUUUUUUACUUCUGUGCUCUUAAGUAGUAAGCCUUUUCAUUAGUUGCAUGUUACUUAAAUCAGUUGGUACUGAAAAUUGAUGCAGCAAGUUGUUUUUUCUACGUAUGACGUAUAUCGUACAUCAGCAGUCGGAAUUUUUAGUACUCUAUGCCCAAUGUUAUGCAAAUAUAUUGACAUUCUGAUAAUUUCACCUGAAUAUUAUAGUUAUAUUAAUGUUGUGUUUGAUUUA